CCUAGUCGUUCACUAACAGUUCAAUGUCAUCAUGUGGCUGAAAAGUGUAACAAUCUUACUAAUUUUACAUUGGACAGAAGUUCAUGGUAAUAAAUCCAGUAUAAUUGACAAUCACCCAUCUUGGAAAUGUUUGCCGAAGGAUACAUGUGGAAUGACAAGAUUCGAUGUUGCGAAAGGUAGAAUUAUCGGUGGAGAAAAGGCGGCUCUAGGUCAAUUUCCAUGGAUGGUUAGAAUAGGUUUUGCUAGGUUUACUCUAAUGGAACCCGAAUUUUUUUGUGCCGGUAGUUUGAUAUCGACAACACAUGUACUAACGGCUGGCCACUGUGGUACGAAGAACAACAUGGUCAGAGUUGGAGAAAACAAUGUGGAAACUAACCCUGACUGUGAAGGAAACGUAUGUGCCCCACGACCACAGGAUAUACGAAUCAAACUUUACUUGAUAGAUAUUUACGACAGUGAAACAUCCCAAGAUGACAUCAAUAUGAUAUUAUUGGCAAAACAUGUCAAACUCAACGAUUUCGUUGUUCCAAUAUGCUUACCUUAUGGUGGUUUGCUGAAAAGAAAUAUGAUGGGUAAACAUAUGACUAUAGCUGGCUGGGGAUACACGAGUAGUUCUUCUGAGAAUCAAUCGAAAGAUUUGAUGCAUGUUGCAGAACCCGUCGUCAAUCAAACUCUUUGCAAUGAUAUUUAUAAACACAAUUUAACAAGUAAACAAUACUGUAUUGGAUACCCAGAAGGAAAGGAUACUUGCAAUGGAGACUCAGGUGGACCUGCGAUGAAAUCAAUGAAAGUAAAUGAUGGUAGGAGAAUGUUUCUUUUUGGAAUCGUGUCAUAUGGUCUUGUCGAUUGUGGAAACGGACCAGCUGUAUAUACAGCGGUGGUUAAAUAUAUGAAGAUCAUUUUAGAUAAGAUACAAUGUCAAUAAAAAUGUGUUUGAAAAAUAUGUUUCAUGCAUGAAUAAAUGUUGCAGAACAAAAAA